UUUCUCAGGAGACCAAACAAAGGCUGAAUAAUUACUCCAAAUCCAUGCCAGUCUCUCCCUUAACCAUACAUACAUCAAUUUUUCUCAACCAAUCUCUCUCUCUCUCCACAAAUAACCCAUUAACCAAAGACUACCCAUAUCCUGAAAACCCACUCCAAUUCCUUCAUAUAAAUGGCCUUUCCACUACUCUUCACACUAAUACUGCUCUCCUUACGGACAAAACUCUCCCUAUGCGACCCAAGGGCCACAGAAGCAGCUCGAAUCUGCACCGACACAAGCGCAGCGGAGUCCGAUCGGCGAGUCUUUGUGGCGAACUUCUUGGCCGCCGUCGACGCCAUGAGCGCUCAGGUCGCCACCCAAGGCUAUGGCAGCGCCGUCAAUGGGUCCGGGAAUACGACCGUUUACUUCCUUGGCGAGUGCAUGAAGGACUUAUCAAGAAACGAUUGUGAUCAUUGCUUUGCCCAAAUCAAGAUCAGGAUCCUGAGCUGUUUGGCUUUCCAGACGUUGAUUCGCGGUGGGAGAAUUUCCUAUGAUGGGUGUUAUAUCAGGUACGAUGAGUACAUGUUCUUCAAUGAGAGUUUGAGUGCGGUGAAUAGGACUGUUUGCGGGAGUGUUGAUUUUGGUGGGAAUAAGACUUUGUUUGGGGAAAAUGUUGUUGAUUUGGUGAGGAAUUUGAGCGUUGAAGCUCCAAACAAUGAUGGGUUCUUUGUGGGUUCUGGGACUACUGGGAAUUUAUCUGUCUAUGGCUUGGCUCAGUGUUGGGAAUUUGUGAAUAGGAGUGGUUGUGGGGACUGUUUGGCAAAUGCGGUUUCCCAGAUUGGGUCAUGCCUCUCUAUGGAAGAUGGAAGGGUUGUGAAUUCUGGCUGCUAUAUGAGAUAUUCUACAUCCAAGUUCUACUAUAAUGAUUCUUCGACCAAUCCCCCGCCUGGAAAAGGAGGCGGCAAUCGCUUAGCUGUUAUUCUGGCUGCAACAUCAGCUGGUGUAGCUUUACUGCUGAUUGCAGCGACAAUAUCUUUCUUUGCGCGAAAGAAACGUGUGAAGAAGAGGAGAGAAAGGAAGCAAUUAGGUGCUCUGCUGGUCUCUGUUAACAAGUCGAGGCUCAAUUUCUCAUACGAAACACUUGAACAUGCCACAAACUACUUUAGCAAUUCCAACAAGCUUGGUCAAGGAGGAUCUGGUUCAGUUUACAAAGGGAUUCUGCCGGAUGGACAGAUUGUUGCGGUUAAGAGGCUUUUCUUCAACACAAGACAAUGGGUGGAUCAUUUCUUCAAUGAAGUCAAUCUGAUAAGCGAGAUUGACCACAAAAAUCUUGUAAAGCUGUUGGGAUGCAGCAUUACAGGCCCCGAAAGCCUUCUUGUUUAUGAAUUCGUCGCGAAUCAAAGCGUUCAUGACCACCUCUUCGGUUUUAACAAAAAUGUUCAGCCACUAACGUGGGAAGAGAGGUAUAAGAUUAUAUUGGGUACGGCUGAGGGGUUGGCCUAUCUUCAUGAGGAAUCGAACUUGAGAAUCAUACACAGAGAUAUAAAGUUGAGCAAUGUGCUUCUUGACGACGACUUCUCUCCAAAAAUUGCUGAUUUUGGGCUUGCUCGAUUGUUUCCAGAAGAUAAGACCCAUAUCAGCACUGCCAUUGCUGGCACACUAGGUUACAUGGCUCCUGAGUACAUAGUCCAUGGCAAAUUGACCGAAAAGGCAGAUGUGUACAGCUUUGGUGUUCUUGUGAUGGAAGUUGUCUCUGGAAAGAAGAACAUCUCAUUCGCUCAGAGUGCACACUCUCUCCUACAAAUGGCGUGGAACCUCUACCGAUUGGGGAUGCCAUGCGAAGCAGUUGAUCCAUCGCUGCAGGGUAAGUUCGAGGAAGAAGAGGCCCGUAAAUUACUUCAAAUCGGUCUACUUUGCGUACAAGCGUCUGCAGAACUCCGUCCGUCUAUGUCUAUGGUGGUGAAAAUGAUGAAGGAUAACCACGACAUUCCUCAGCCGACACAGCCACCAUUUCUGAUUGCUGGUAGCGCGGAAUCUAGUACUCAAUUUGCUCAAUCAAGAACUAGUCACUCUCGGCCUGCGUCUCACAACACCCAGUCUUCGGGGAAUAACAUUUCAGAAAUCUUUAUUCAGCCUAGAUAAUACCCUUUUCUUCUUAAUUAUUUAUUUUGUUUAUAGGAUUUUUUUUUUUUUGGUAAAUAAUUUUGUUUACAGGAUUUGUUUGGUUGAAAUACCCAUUUAUGAGAAAAUAUUUCCCCCUGUUGUACCAUUCUUCUCCAAAAGAUCCAAUUUUUAGAUUUGGGUUUUGGGUUUUAGUUUCUGGAAGAGAUGACAGGUAUACGAUAAUUUGUAAGAAUCUGAGUUAUAAAUGGUUUUUGUAAAUUACUUGUACAGCUAA